UCAUGGUGAAUGAAGAUCCCAACCAACAGGAGUGCGAUGGCACCCCUGCGCAGGAGUCCGCAGUCCGGGCGGACCCCAGCGUCUCUGCGGACCCCAGUGUCUCGGUCCAACCCAGCGUCUCGAUGCACCCCAGCGUCUCUGCGGACCCCAGCAGUUCGGCCCACCCCGGUGGCUUGGCCCGCCCCAGUAGCUCAGGCCGCGAGGACCUUAGCGUGAUCAAGGUGAGCUGGCGCCGGUGGGCGGUGAUCCUGGUGUUUAGCUCCUACUCCAUGUGCAACGCUUUCCAGUGGAUCCAGUACGGCUCCAUCAAUAACAUCUUCAUGAACUUCUACGGGGUUAGCGCCUUCGCCAUCGACUGGCUGUCCAUGUGCUACAUGCUAACCUACAUCCCUCUCGUCCUGCCUGUGGCCUGGCUGCUGGAGAAAUUCGGCCUGCGCACCAUCGCCCUCCUCGGCUCUGCUCUCAACUGCCUGGGGGCCUGGGUGAAGUUGGGCAGCCUGAAGCCACAUCUCUUCCCAGUGACCGUGCUGGGCCAGGUCAUCUGUUCUGUAGCCCAGGUCUUCAUCCUGGGCAUGCCCUCGCGCAUCGCUUCCGUCUGGUUUGGGGCUAAUGAGGUUUCAACAGCCUGCUGCAUAGCUGUCUUUGGCAAUCAGCUUGGAAUUGGGCUUGGAUUCUUGGUCCCUCCUGUUUUGGUACCCAACACUGACGACCAGGAGAAGCUUGCCUACCACAUGAGCAUCAUGUUCUACAUAAUAGGAGGUGUAGCCACUCUGCUUUUCAUCCUUGUCAUCAUUGUAUUCAAGGAGAAGCCUAAACAUCCCCCCAGCAGGGCCCAAUCCCUGCGCUAUGCCAUGGCGUCCCCUGAUGCUUCAUCCUCCAUCGUCCGGCUCUUCAAAAACUUCAACUUUAUGCUGCUUGUCUUCACUUAUGGUCUGAAUGCUGGUGCUUUUUAUGCCUUGUCCACUCUGCUGAAUCGCAUGGUGAUCUUGCACUACCCGGGGGAAGAAGUGAAUGCUGGAAGAAUCGGCCUGACCAUCAUCAUUGCGGGAAUGCUCGGGGUUGUGAUCACAGGCAUCUGGCUGGAUAGGAUCAAGACCUACAAGGAGACAACCCUCGUGGUCUAUAUCAUGACCCUGGUGGGCAUGGUGCUGUACACAUUCACCUUGAACCUGGGACACCUGUGGGUAGUGUUCAUCACCGCUGGCACAAUGGGCUUCUUUAUGACUGGCUAUAUCCCGCUGGGAUUUGAGUUUGCUGUGGAGCUCACAUACCCAGAACCAGAAGCCAUGUCAUCUGGCUUCCUCAACGUGUCUCCCCAGGUACUUGGGAUCAUUUUCAUCACCUCCCAGGACCAGAUUAUCGAGAACUAUGGACCCAUGCCUGGGAACAUCUUUCUGUGUGUGUUCCUCACCCUUGGAGUAGCCCUCACUGCAUUCAUUAAGGCAGAUCUCCGGAGGCAGAAAGCGAAUAAGGAAACCCCUGAGAAUAAACUCCAAGAGGAGGAGGAGGAGGAGGUGAUGAGCCAUACCAGCAAAGCCCCCACGACCGUCUUGGAGGAGCAUUUCUGAGAGAGAAAGGUGGUGGCGACUCAGGGAACACGAACACCCCCCACCUCUUCCGUCAGCACAGCUCACCGCCAGCACAGAGGUCUUCGCUGGAGCAGCUUUUGGAGGGAACCGGCUGGAAUAUUUGUGGGUUGGAUGGCAGUGCCUGUGCCUCCUGGAGCCCACUCAAGAGCUUAUGUAGUCAGGGAAAAGGGCACCUUUCACCAAAUGCAGACUCGAUCCCGACCCCGACCCCUUCGGGUCAUGGGAGCUGGCGUUGGGAGAGGCUGGUGGAGGACAGUGGGGUCAGUCCUGGCCUGGUGACUGCCUUCCCUCUUCACCUCCUCCCUUACGGAGAAAGCCUGGGAAAUUAUCACGGAAAGAAGCUUAAUCAGGACAUUAACUUUUCUAGUGUCUUAUGACCCUCAGAAGCCCAGUUCUAAGGAGCGGCAGCUGCUCUGGCUGAGGGUCCUUCUUGGGUCAUCACACUGACUGCUAAGUUCUCUGGGAGAACCAUCAGAACCAGCUUCAUCAGAACAAGCCCAUUGGCUCUCUGGGCCUAGAUUCUCCUGGCCUAACCUUGGGGUCUGUCACCAAACCCUCUUUCCUAAGAGCUGAUCAAACCAAACAUCAAUAAACUCGAGCAAAGCUUUGUUGUGGCCAGGAAGGAGAAAGCGAAUUGGCAGAGCUAACGGCCCAGGUGUGUGAGGGUGCUGGGGCCACCUUCUGAGUGUGUUUGUGAGGGCCCGGAUUUGGGAACUCGGGUACUUGAUUUGGGAACGGGAAGGAUCUUGUCUACAAAAGAAGUCCUUGUCCAGGGACUUGUGUGUGUGUCACAGUCACCUCUGAUGCCUUCACCUGGACACUGCCUUGAGAAACUCGGUCAUCGGCCUAAUUACUUGUUUGCUCCGGAGGGAGGGAGGGAAGUCCCAGCCAACUUCCUGUAACCUUACUGAAAAGUAAUCUUGAUUCAUUCCAGCCCGAGAAACCCAAAGCUGCUUCUGAGCGAUGAGACGAAAGGGCAGAGGGAAGGAGGCCCUUGAAAUGGGAAUUGAGUCGGCUUAAAUUAAGUGUACCCCACCAUUGGUGGGGACAGGAUUUGCACACCCACCACCUUCUAGCAACAAUCUUUAUCAGAUGUUCUAAAUUUAAAGGGAUUCCCUUUAAACCAUCUCAAGCUGACCUCCUCCUCUGCCUAGCCUGCUGUCUGGCUCUACUCAUGGGCUUGGGUAGUGUCUCCUGAAAAUAAGACAUGUUGGUAUUUCCUCCUGUGCAUUGAGCUGCAGUCAUGACCACUGUGCUGUUCCCCUGUGGCCACUGUCCUGGCCUCAGCACGUUGGGGCAGCCUGUGCUGGCCGCGGUGCUGGGGUGCCUGGGCCACUGCCUGAGGGGAGCCAGGGCUGUGUGUGUACAGACACUUCUGGUGGGGGGAGUGAGGUAGGGGUGGAAGAGAGGUGAAGAGAAAGUGUACCUGACUUUUUGAUGUGGAGAAAGGUGUUUACUCUUCAGCCCCUUAAAGUGUGUUAACCAAAUGUUUACUGAAUCCAUUGCUUUAUUUUAAAAACAAUUUGUAUUUUCUAUUUGUAAUACCAGAUGUUUUACGGCAAUAAAAGAUUCUUCAAGUGG